AUGAAAUCCGCUCAUAUCCCAGGUGGGACUCCUGCGCCAUAUGGCAGCGCAUGUUUGAACUGUUCCCGCGCUAAGUGCAAAUGCAUUCUUUCUGAAACUGGUAGUGGCUGCGAAAGAUGCCAGCGCCUGAGCAAGGAAUGCCGGCCUGCGCAGACAGUCCGCAAGCGUAAAAAACCGCCAUCGGGCUCUAAUACUGCCAAGCUCGAGGCCAAACUUGAUUGGAUCAUGUCCGCAUUUGAGAAGGGUGGCGUCAACCCCGGUCUUCCUCCAAAUUGGGAACCUGUAAACUUAGGACCAGUCCAACAGGAUGGCCAAAGCCAAUCUGCACCAAUCAAUCAAACCUUAACUAGUCUUUCUUCUCAUUCAACUCCCGAGGAAAGACGAAACCCUGCACACCUCAUACCCUCGUAUGACAGGGAGAUCUUGUCCCUGAUCUACGUCCCACCCGCCAUGGCUCAGAAGUACCUCGACCAAUUCCGAACUCGAAACUUGCAAUAUCUUCCCUUUGUCUACAUUCCCUCUAAUAUAACCUCUGACCAAUUGCGAGAGAAAUAUCCAUUCCUUUGGGUGUGCAUCAUGGAAGUGAGCACACCGACAAAUCCAGAAAAAGGCGACUCUUUCGGAAGGAUUACCAACUAUAUUCAUCAGAAAGUUAUGCUUGACAUUCCGCCGAGCAUGGAUCUUCUCCUUGGGAUCAUGACUUUUGUAUCAUGGGUUACCUACACUAAAAGGUCAUUUCUCAAUGUCUAUGCACACAUGUUAAUGGCAGUUGUCGCCGAGCUUGGGAUCAAUAAACAUGAACCAAAUGAGUAUUCAGCCAUGCAUGCUUUCAAAGUCGCUAUUGGAAUGAAGCAAACUCCACCCACAGCUAGAACACUCGAAGAGAGGAGGGCUGUGCUGGGGUGCUACUUAAUUUCAUCAAGCUACACUUUCAGCGCUGCAUUGGCAAUGUCUAGGAUUGAUGCUAUGCGCUGGACACCGCACAUGGAGGAAAGUCUUUCAAUACUCUCCGAGGCCAAAGAGUGCCCUCAAGAUGAGCUCCUGGUUGUACAAGUCAAGAUCUAUUUGAUUUUAGACAGAGUCUAUCAACUACGGCGGGAUGGGGAAGCUUCUAUCUCACUAGCCUUCUAUCUGGAUACCUUCCAAAAACAAUUAGACAUAGUGAAGAGCGAAAUUCCGCUUCACCUUCAACAGAACAGAGUCAUACUCAUGUAUCUGUACAAUGCCGAAAUUAUAAUCCAUGAGUUAUCAAUAAGAACCCCCGCCGUUGCAAAUUCGCCUGAUCUCCAUCGCCUCGAUAGCCUUUACACUUCUCUCCAAGCAUCAAAAGGCUGGUUAGACGUGUGGCUAGAAAUUGAAGGAGUUGAUUAUCUUCAGCUAUCAUGUAUCAUCUUUUUCCAAUUCACUCGAGCCAUUGUCACCCUGUACAAACUUACCGUUCUGGAAGACCCGGCAUGGUCCAAGAGUAUGGUAAGGGACACCGCGAAUAUUCUCGAAUACCUGAACAGAAACGAGGCCGUCAUCAGGAAAUACCCUGAAUAUCUCACUUUCGACGAAAGCAGGGAAAUGAAUCUCCUCGAAAAGGGACUAAGAAUUGUUCACGGCCUGAGAAUGAACUGGGAGCCGAAGUUGAUGGAAAUAUGGGGUCCAAACAUACCCGCUAACAACGGCAUCGAUCGUGGUAUGGUCCAAUCUGAUGCCAUGCUCCCUGAUGCCAUGGUUUUGAAUGAGAUUGAUGAGUCCUGGAUGACGGAAUUCCUUGGGUCACUAUGA